AUGGAUGGACCUAAUAUCAUAACUAAUGGAGAUGGAAAUGUUCUGCUAGAAAAUAUUAAAGAUACGAGUCUCAUCUAUGUUGACUGGCAGAUAGCCAAUGAAGUAUUUGGGAUCACAUUUGAAGAAAACAUCAACAAUGAAGCUGGACCUACAGAAUUAGAAAUAUUGGAAUCAGAGACAGAAACAACAAACCCAGAGCUUGAGAAUGAAAAUUCCCUAAUAUCACAAAGUGAUGACAAUUUCCGUGUAAUGUGGACAAGAAAAGAAAUUCUGCAACUAAUCAGUUCUUACAAAAAAAAUCUGAACCUUUUCAAAUCAUCAACCAUGAGGAGGGACAAGAUUUGGAAAUUGAUAUCUACAGAUAUAAAGACACAUAGUUCAGAUCAAUGCCAAAACAAAUUCAAGUACCUGAAGUCAAAAUACAUUAAAAAAAAGAACAAUAUGUCUUCAAAGAAAAGUGGGGCCAAAUCAAUGAAUUUCGAGUUUUUUGAGGAGUUUGAUGAUAUGUUUAGGAAUCAUCCAAAUGUUGAGCCUUCAUUUACAGCAUCAUCCCAAAAAGGAAAUAGUAGUACUGCAAUUGAUACUGUUGUAACUGAAGAAAAUGAACCUAGGUCAAGAAUUACAGACAAAGAUGAAAGAGCUGAGAAUGAAAAUUCAGUAAAGGUUACAAAGAAAGAGGUUAAGAAAGAUAUGAAACAAAUACUUGCUGAAUAUAAUGAAAAUUUGGCUAUAAAAGAAGCUGCUAAACAGAAGCGCCAUGAAGAAAACAUUCAAUUAAAAAAAGAGGCACUUGAUACAUUCAAGUCAUGUAUUGAGAAAUUACUGAAUGGUAAUAAAAUGGAUUGA